CCAUGGCUUCGAGCACUGGGAUAUCAGGUGGUAUGAGUAUGGGCGGCAGCUGCAAAAUUAGCAUGAUGUGGAACUGGUACACUGUCGACUCUUGCUUCAUUGCCCGCUCAUGGCACGUCACCUCGAAGGGCAUGUUCGCAGGAUCAUGCAUCGGCGUCAUCCUCCUCGUAAUCCUCCUCGAAUUCCUUCGCCGCGCGGGCAAAGAGUACGACCGCUACAUCGCUGAACAGUACCUGGCCUCCCACACUCGGACAGCACCCGUUGCAUCUUCAGCUUCGUCCGACAACAGUAAGACUCCUGUGACGAAUGCUGCUCUUGCUGUACAAAAGUUCCGCCCCAGCAUCCUCCAGCAAGCCAUUCGCGCGCUGCUCCAUAUGUUGCAGUUCGCUGUAGCUUACUUCGUCAUGUUGCUUGCCAUGUACUACAACGGAUACAUCAUCAUCUGCAUCUUCAUUGGCGCAUAUCUCGGAUACUUCAUCUUCGGGUGGGAGAGCUUCAAUGUGGGUCAGGGUGGCAAAGAUCGCAUGCAGGAGAAUGUCACGGUCUGCUGUGGCUAGGCAGUCACAGCAAUGGAUCAGGUAGGGCUGAUUGCGAGAAGUGCGGACAACGCAAUGUUGCAGUCCAGCGAGAAAUCUACAGGCUCGUCAGCGUACCAAGGAUUAGAAGGAGGCUUUGAGCAUCGCUUCGGUUCAAUGUAGCACGAUGCAAUCAUGGUGUUGA